GCGAAUUUCCAACCGGGGAGGGAGAGUGGCUGGAUGCGGGAGAGUUUGGAGUUGCUGGCGGCGGAGGGCAGGCAGGGGAGCAGGGCCGGGGGCAGGGGGCUGCCUGGCUGACUAGCUGGCCGGCGGGCGGGCGGGCGCUAUAGCUGGGAGUUAAGUUUCCAGGAUCCACAGAGCCUGCACGCUGGCUCGCUACUCUGCUAGCCCCCCGGCCCACCCCCCCAAGCGGACACUGGUCUUCUGGUCGGAUUGCCCAUGCACUUGUUGCAGAAGCAGCCAAGGCUGCGGCUUUGGAGGAUGCUGAAGGAGCAAGAUGAGGAAGCUGGACGCCUCUGAAGGAUUAAACCUUUUAAUCCUCCAACAGAACCAGGUUUCCUCUUCGCACCUGCCCAGCAGCAUGAAAGCAGCAUGACUGGCCGGCCGCAGGAGAAGCCCCCAGAACCAGGCCCCCAACUCAGCCACCUGCUGCGGAGGUCCAGGCGUGAGCCGUGUCUCCUCACCACGGCGGUGUGUGGUCCAUCCCCCAGCUCAGGUGAAGAUGUAAACCCACACCCCACUGUGCGUAUGAGUGGUACUGGCCAACAGGAUCACCUGGCUCCAGCUACAUUCCCAGACAUGACAGCCGUGGAGUAGUGCGGACACUUCCUCUCAGCGUCUCAGGGUUUCAGGCCUUCUGGGUUUGCUCCAUUUACCUUCUUAUAUGGUUUUGUGGCUGGACAUUCGCAAGCGAGGCCAACGCCAUGGGGGAUCAACAACUGUACAAGACCAACCAUGUGGGCCAGGGUGGUGGUGAGAACCUUUUCUACCAACAGCCACCACUUGGCGUCCCCAGCGGGCUGAACCACAACUAUGGGAAUUCAGUCCCAGGGAGCGGAAUGGAUGCCCCACAGGCCUCGCCCCUCUCCCCCCACUUCCCUCAAGAUGUGAGAGAUGGCCUGGGUUUACCUGUUGGCUCCAAAAACCUGGGCCAAAUGGAUACCUCAAGGCAGGGAGGAUGGGGUGGUCACACGGGGCCUGGAAACCAUGUCCAGCUACGUGGCAACCUGGCCAACUCGAAUAUGAUGUGGGGGGCACCAGCCCAGGCCGAGCCCACCGAAAGCUACCAAUAUACUUACUCCCAGGCCAGCGAGAUCCGCACCCAGAAGCUUACCAGCGGCGUCUUGCACAAGCUGGACUCUUUCACCCAGGUUUUUGCCAACCAAAACCUGAGAAUUCAGGUCAACAAUAUGGCCCAGGUGCUGCACACCCAGUCGGCAGUAAUGGAUGGAGCCCCCGACAGCGCCCUCCGCCAGCUGCUCUCUCAGAAGCCCAUGGAGCCCCCAGCACCGGCUAUCUCUUCCCGCUAUUCACAGGUGCCCCAGCAGCCUCACCCUGGUUUCACAGGUGGGCUGUCCAAACCAGCUCUUCAGGUCGGGCAGCACCCUCCCCCUGGGCACCUGUAUUAUGACUACCAGCAGCCACUGGCUCAGUUGCCAGGGCAGGGAGGACAAGCGUUGCAAGCCCCACAGAUGUUGUCCCAACACAUGCCCCAGAUGCAGCAGCACCAGUAUUACCCACAACAGCCGCCACAGCAAGCUGGGCAGCAGCGGCUCUCCAUGCAGGAAAUGCAACAACAGCAACAACAACAGAUUCGCCCCCCACAGCCGCCGCAGCAGCAACAGCAGCAGCUACAAUUGCAGCCGCGGCAGGGUUCCAUGCAGAUACCUCAGUAUUAUCAACCCCAACCCAUGAUGCCACACUUGCAAGAGCAGCAGCAACAGCAGCAGCAACAGAUGCACCUGCAGCCUCCUUCUUAUCACAGGGACCCUCACCAGUACACUCCGGAGCAGGCACAUGCUGUCCAACUGAUUCAGCUGGGCUCCAUGCCCCAGUACUAUUACCAAGAGUCCCAACAGCCCUACAGCCACCCUCUCUACCAGCAGAGCCACCUGCCUCAGCACCAGCAGCGGGAAGACAGUCAGCUGAAGACGUUUUCUAGCGACAGGCAGGCACAGGCCAUGCUGAGUUCUCACGGGGACCUGGGCCCUCCUGACACAGGAAUGGGAGAUUCAACCAGCUCAGACCUGCCUCGGGUCAGCAGUGCCCUCCCCCACCGACCGCUCCUGUCCCCCAGCGGGAUGCACCUCAAUAGCCUGGGGCCACAACAUCAGCAGGCGUCUCCCAGUGCCGUGUGGCCCCAGAUGCACCUCCCUGACGGGCGAGCCCAGCCGGGAUCCCCUGAACCAAGUGGCCAAGCCAAAGGAGUGUUUGGGGAGCAGUUUGAUGCCAAGAACAAGCUGUGCCCCAUCUGCCUAAAGGAGUUCAAGAGCCUGCCUGCCCUGAACGGCCACAUGCGGUCGCACGGGGGAAUGAGGGCCUCCCCCAGCCUCAAACAGGAGGAAGGAGAGAAGGCCCCGCCGCCAGCGCCACAGCCUCCGCCUCCUCAGCCCCAGCCGCCCCAGCCGCCACUGCCACCUCCUCCACCUCCGCCUCCGCCUCCGCCCGCACCUGCACCGCCGCAGCUUCCUCCCGAGGCCGAAAGCCUCACACCUAUGGUCAUGCCCGUGUCUGUCCCUGUCAAGCUUCUCCCGCCCAAGCACAGCUCUCAGGGGUUCACCAACAGCGUCGCUGCCGCCCCCGCCGCCGCCAGAGACCUGCCGGCCAGCUCCGUGUCCGACGAUGAGAUGCCCGUGCUCGUGAGGAUGACCCUCUCUCCCCCACACUCCCCCCCAGGGGCUGCCCCCCGCACGCCUGCUGAAAUCCCCAGGAAGCUUCAACCCGGAGCGCCGAAACCGGAAGAGCCCCCCAAGACGGUGCAGGAGAAGAAAAAGUUCCGGCACCGGCCGGAGCCCCUCUUCAUCCCGCCGCCACCUUCUUACAACCCAAGCCCAGCCUCCUAUUCAGGCGCCACUUUGUACCAGAGCCAAUUGCGCUCCCCGCGCAUCCUCGGAGACCACCUGCUCCUCGAUCCCACACACGAGCUGCCCCCCUACACGCCGCCGCCCAUGCUGAGCCCGGUGCGCCAGGGCUCGGGGCUUUUCAGCAACGUCCUCAUCUCCGGCCACGGCACCGGCGCCCACCCGCAGCUGCCCCUCACGCCCCUCACGCCCACGCCGCGGGUGCUGCUGUGUCGUUCCAACAGCAUUGAUGGCAACAAUGUGACAGUCACUCCAGGGCCUGGAGAACAGACCGUGGAUGUUGAACCACGCAUCAACAUUGGCUUGAGAUUCCAAGCAGAGAUUCCAGAACUCCAGGAUGUCUCUUCCCUGGCUCAGGACAAACACAAAGCCACACUGGUGUGGAAGCCCUGGCCAGAGUUGGAAAACCAUGACCUUCAGCAAAGAGUGGAGAAUCUUCUGAAUUUGUGCUGUUCCAGUGCAUUGCCAGGUGGAGGGACCAAUUCUGAACUUGCUUUGCACUCUCUCUUUGAGGCCAAAGGUGAUGUGAUGGCUGCCCUGGAAAUGCUGCUGCUGCGGAAGCCAGUCAGGUUAAAAUGCCAUCCCUUAGCAAAUUACCACUAUGCCGGUUCGGACAAGUGGACAUCUCUAGAAAGAAAACUGUUUAAUAAAGCACUAGCCACUUACAGCAAAGACUUUAUUUUUGUACAAAAGAUGGUGAAGUCCAAGACCGUGGCUCAGUGUGUGGAGUACUACUACACAUGGAAAAAAAUAAUGCGAUUGGGGCGGAAGCACCGGACACGCCUAGCGGAAAUCAUUGAUGAUUGCAUGACGAGUGAAGAAGAAGAAGAGUUAGAGGAGGAGGAGGAAGACAUGGAAGAAGAUAGGAAAUCCACGAAAGAAGAGGAAACUGAAGUGCCGAAGACCCCAGAGCCCCCACCGGUGCCCAUCCUGGCUCCCACCGAGGGGCCACCCCUGCAGGCCCUUGGCCAGCCACCAGGCUCCUUCAUCUGUGAAAUGCCCAACUGCGGAGCCGACUGUAGAUGUCAUGUCACUCCCUUUCUUCCCCAGGUGUUCAGCUCUCGACAGGCCCUCAACGGCCACGCUCGCAUCCAUGGCGGCACCAACCAGGUGACCAAGGCUCGGGGUGCCAUCCCCUCUGGGAAGCAGAAGCCCGGGGGAGCCCAGAGCGGCUACUGCUCGGUGAAGAGCUCACCCUCUCACAGCACCACCAGUGGUGAAACAGACCCCACCACCAUCUUCCCCUGCAAAGAGUGUGGCAAGGUCUUCUUCAAGAUCAAAAGCCGAAACGCGCACAUGAAAACCCACAGGCAGCAGGAGGAACAGCAGAGACAGAAGGCACAGAAGGCGGCUUUCUCGGCCGAAAUGGCAGCCACGAUCGAGAGGACUACAGGGGCACCUGGGCUGCUGCCCCUGGACCAGCUGAGUCUGAUCAAACCCAUGAAGAACGUGGAUGUCCUAGACCAGGAGGUGGUGCAGCAGCUGGGCGGCGUGGAGGAGGCCGAGGGCGUGGACACCGACCUGCUCCUGGACGAUCAGGAUUCAGUGCUGCUGCAGGGGGACACAGAACUCUAGAUCCCUGCGGAGCUGCCCUGGGACAGCGAGAAGCCACGGGGAACCCCCUGUUCCACAUUCAUCAGGAAACUUGGACUGCCUGCCUGUGUUUGCAACCCUUUUUAACUACCUGUUUAAAAAGUGGUCGUUUUAUUCAGGUUUAGGGGCGGGGAGGGAAAAUCCAGUUUAAUCCAGUUUCUUUUCCUUUUGUUUUAAAAAAAAAAGUGUUGUGUGGGGGUUGGGGGGAAUAAAUGAUUGGCGCAACUA